AUUUAAUAUCUUGAACUUCUGCCAGUUCAACUCAUUCUUUCUAUUCUCCAUUCUCAAUCAAUUUACAUCUCUAAACAAACUCGCAAAUCGUCCUCCUGUCAUAAGGACCUUUAAACAAGCGAAAUCUGACAAUUUCCGCAACUGUUACUACACUCAUACCCCUUCCAUAAUCAACACAACUUCUUCACAACUCUAAAUAUCAACGACAAGAUGGUCGCCGCCGUCGGAAUUGAUCUUGGCACGACCUACUCGUGUGUUGGCGUCUUCCGAGAUGACCGCAUCGAGAUUAUCGCCAACGACCAGGGAAACCGAACCACACCUUCCUUCGUCGCAUUCACAGAUACCGAGCGUCUCAUCGGAGAUGCCGCCAAGAACCAGGUCGCCAUGAACCCCACCAACACGGUCUUUGACGCCAAGCGUCUGAUUGGCCGCAAGUUCAGCGACCAAGAGGUUCAGGCUGAUAUGAAGCACUUUACCUUCAAGGUUGUCGACAAGGGUGGCAAGCCCGUCGUCGAGGUCGAGUACAAGGGCGAGACCAAGAACUUCACACCUGAGGAGAUCUCCUCCAUGAUCUUGAUCAAGAUGCGUGAGACCGCUGAGGCUUACCUUGGUGGUACCGUUAGCAACGCAGUCAUCACAGUCCCUGCCUACUUCAACGACUCGCAACGUCAAGCUACCAAGGAUGCCGGUCUCAUCUCGGGCCUGAACGUCCUCCGUAUCAUCAACGAGCCAACUGCUGCCGCCAUCGCCUACGGUUUGGACAAGAAGUCUGAGGGCGAGCGCAACGUUCUUAUCUUCGACUUGGGUGGUGGUACCUUCGAUGUUUCUCUUCUCACCAUUGAGGAGGGUAUCUUCGAGGUCAAGUCCACCGCUGGUGACACUCACUUGGGUGGUGAAGACUUCGACAACCGUCUGGUCAACCACUUCGUAAACGAAUUCAAAAGAAAGCACAAGAAGGACCUUUCCUCCAACGCUCGUGCCCUGCGUCGUCUUCGCACCGCUUGCGAGCGGGCCAAGCGUACCCUCUCUUCUUCUGCUCAGACAUCGGUCGAGAUCGACUCUCUCUUCGAGGGUAUCGACUUCUACACCUCCAUCACCCGUGCCCGUUUCGAGGAGCUCUGCCAAGACCUCUUCCGCUCGACUCUCCAGCCCGUCGACCGUGUCUUGGCCGAUGCCAAGAUCGACAAGAGCCAGGUCCACGAGAUCGUCCUCGUCGGUGGUUCCACCCGUAUCCCCCGUGUCCAGAAGCUCAUUACCGAUUACUUCAACGGCAAGGAGCCCAACAAGUCCAUCAACCCCGAUGAGGCUGUUGCCUACGGUGCUGCCGUCCAGGCUGCCAUCCUUAGCGGUGACACCAGCAACAAGACCACCAACGAGAUCUUGCUUCUCGACGUCGCGCCUCUUUCCCUCGGUAUCGAGACCGCUGGUGGUAUGAUGACCAAGCUCAUUCCCCGCAACACCACCAUUCCCACCAAGAAGUCCGAGGUUUUCUCCACCUUCUCUGAUAACCAGCCCGGUGUUCUUAUCCAGGUCUACGAGGGUGAGCGUCAACGCACCAAGGACAACAACUUGCUCGGCAAGUUCGAGCUCACCGGCAUUCCUCCCGCCCCUCGUGGUGUUCCUCAGAUUGAGGUCACUUUCGACCUUGAUGCUAACGGUAUCAUGAACGUCUCCGCUGUCGAGAAGGGUACCGGCAAGUCCAACAAGAUUGUCAUUACCAAUGACAAGGGCCGUCUGUCCAAGGAGGAGAUCGAGCGUAUGCUCUCGGAGGCUGAGAAGUACAAGGAGGAGGAUGAGGCUGAGGGUCAACGUAUCUCUGCCAAGAACGGUCUCGAGUCUUACGCCUACUCUCUCCGCAACACUCUGGCCGACUCCAAGGUCGACGAGAAGCUCGACGCUGCUGACAAGGAGACCCUCAAGGCCGAGAUUGACAAGUGCGUUGCUUGGCUCGACGAUAGCCAGCAAGCUACUCGUGAGGAGUAUGAGGAGCACCAGAAGGAGUUGGAGGCAAUUGCCAACCCCAUCAUGAUGAAGUUCUACGGUGCUAACGGUGGUCCUCCCGGUGGCAUGCCCGGUGGUGCCCCUGGCGGUUUCCCCGGUGCUGGCGCUGGUGGUGCCCCCGGUGCUGGUGGCGACGAUGGCCCUACCGUCGAGGAGGUCGACUAAACACUUCACUUCUCUGUUAUACCCUCUGCUUUCAGUUUCGGCGUUCUUUGUAGGUGUCAGUUUUGACACAAUGAGGAAAUGGCAUAUCGUUAGAGUUCUCACGUAAUGAUGAUAAAGGACAAAAAGUUGCGGUCAUGAUGCAUGGAUGUAUUUUAGAAGAAGAUCAUCCGAUGAUCAAUGAAUAAUAAGUUCAUAAAAUAACCACUUCUCUUAUGAUUGUGAUAGGCGUGAAGGCUUCAGAAGAGCUCUUUGUUGCGGCGUUUGCACGACAUUCACCUUAGUUGACGGCGAGGGUAUUUCCUCUGGUCUUAAGUCGUGGCUAAUCGCUUUUUGUUAUACUUAAAAGUAUUACUUAAUAGAAGAAUUAAAAUAAGAGAAUUAUC